AAUACUAUAUCGAGAUUGUCGUCAAUAAAAGUUAAACUUUUAGCACAAAUUGUCGCGCAGGGUAUAACAGAACCACCAAUAAAUAUGGAAAACGUAGAAAAGUUAUUUGCCGAUUCGAAGUUAGAUAACGACGUUGAUUUAAAAGCCUGCGUGGCUUGUUUAUCUUUCAUUAUUACAUCAGCGGUUCGUUACAACUGCGACAACAGCGCUCUUUUUAGCGAACUGCAACAGCUGGGAUUACCUCGAGAACAUAGCGUAUCUCUGAUAAAAGUCACGACUGACAAAACUGCGGAAAUUACGAAGAAGCUUGAGAAAAUUUCGUUAAAAAUUCAUAAUUUGGACGAUGUCAAGAUUGAUUUGGAACCAGAAUGCCAUUUGGCUAUGAUGAAUAUGACAAUUGAUGGUAAAGAAACAUCCGUUGCCCUCACGCCAUUGACUGUCGAUGUACUUUUAGAAAAUCUUAAAGCGGUUUUAUCGAAAAUGAAAGAACUGGACAAUUAUGGAAAACGAACUGUAUAAAUAAAGUAUAUUAAUUCCAAUAAUUAGUUGUACCUAACUUUUGCUAUGUACAAUAUUUUGUCAACAAGUGAAUAAAUUAACGGUCAACUAACAUGGUUUAUUUUUAUCCAUGUCCUUGUUGUUACAAAUUUUACUAAUAAGGUCAGUUCUUAGAAGCAGUAAAACUAUCCGAAGUGUUGUGUUUACAUUUUGUCCUAUUAGUUAAUUAGUUGUGAUUUUCGUAGUCAUGACCUAUCUUAACCUUAUUUGCGCAAUACCACAAAAUUUUUAAUUUGUCCAUUUAUCAUUUCUAAUUAAAAGUUGUGAUAAUUUUGUGAUCAUAUGUACUAUUUCAAGUGUUUAACGACUAAACAGAGGAUAACGAUUCAUAAAGACGUUUUAACCGAAUUCUUUGACAAAAAGUCUUUUCCAAUUAAGGAUAUGAAUAUGUCACAUUGAAUCCACCGCGCAGAUAAUUGUCUAAACGCGAUUUCGAACUCCUUGAAUCCUAUCAGCACACCACGCCGAAGGCAGAUCUCAGACCAGUCUACCUGCUGCUAUUAAAUAGUUAAAUUCAAUGAAUAAUUGUAAAAAAUCUACAGAAAAUUUGUCGCACUAAUUCGAUAUCCUUAAAGUGAAAAGGACCUUUACAAUCAUUACCGAAACCUACAAUUAGUAGCACAUUUUCUACAGAUGCAGAUAGUUUUGGCAGAUUAGUUGACCAAGAAAUUCAUGUUCUGUUGGGUGUAGUUACGUGUUGAUUACGUAGAUAGGUGCGUCGUGGGUUCAGUUUGCCAAGUCGAUAUUAUUAAUUGGCAAGGACCUUGUCAAACACAUUAUUAGAUCCCACAAUUUGUUCUACAAACGGCGUUCACUGUAAUAUUCUUAGAAUUGUCUACGGCGGCAACGUGCUGAUGCCAAUCAACGAGUUCGAAAUCGCGAUCACAUUUGUCUGCAGUCAAUUGAAAAAGACUGUUUUCUUAAUUAUACAUUUUUUUGCAUUCUUAAUUUAUAUUCCGAUUUAAGAAUAAGAUGGUCAGUUAUAUGAGUCAUGAAUUUUC